GUUCAACAUAGGUCUUUCAGCGAGUCCUGAAGUUUAACUUGAUCAUUCACACCUGUAUUUAAAAUUGAAAUCAGUUUGUGAUAUAGACUCGAAUGAGUUUUUAGAUUUUUUUCAGCAGGUCUUUGUCGACAGAACUACAUCAGACUGCAUAUGAAGUUACCCAGCCAUGCAGUGUUCAUGGAAGACUGUGAUUCUGCUCGCCUUGGUGUCCAUGCCGAUUCAAUACACAGCAAUGAAGAUUUUCAUGGAUUUAUUUGUUCAUAAAUCUCAGAUUCCUAACCUUAUGAACUUUGGCUUGGGAAAAGAUGUGAAGUCCUUUGAUCGGAUAUGUGAUGACUACCUGUAUUGUAAUUGCUCUUUCUCCAGGAAGACUCACAUCCUCAUCUUGGCGACCACCCGUAGCGGCUCCACUUUCGUUGGACAGUUGUUCAACCAGUACCCAGAUGUGUUCUAUCUUUUUGAACCACUCUAUCAUGUCCAAAUGACCUUUAUCCCUCACCUUUCUCCCAGCAGAUAUGCCGUUGAGCACAGAGUGAUGCUGGGAGCCAGUCGUGACCUUCUUAGAAGCUUGUAUAACUGCGACUUGUAUUUCUUAGAGAAUUACAUCAAACCACGGCCGGCACGCCAUACCACGGAUAAACUGUUUCGACGAGGAGCCAGCAAAGCCCUCUGCUCCAUGCCGGUGUGUGAUGCUUUCAGCCCCAGUUAUGGCAAUGUAGAAGAGGGGGAUUGUGUUCGAAAGUGUGCCUCCCUUAACUUGACCCUCGCUACCGAAUCAUGUCGGGAAAGACGCCACAUGGCCAUUAAAACAGUGCGUAUUCCAGAGGUCAAUGAUCUCAAGGCACUGAUCGAGGAUCCUCGGCUUAAUCUGAAAGUUAUCCAGCUGGUGAGGGACCCGCGUGGGAUAUUAUUUUCUAGGAUUGAAACCUUUCGGGACACAUACCGCUUAUGGCGUAUCUGGAGAGACACGGGUCGUAAACCAUACAACUUGGAUUUGACUCAGCUCACGACAGUGUGUGACGACUUUCUGAACUCGGUGUCCACUGGCUUAAGCCGACCACCGUGGCUUCGUGGACGGUACAUGCUGGUGAGAUACGAGGACCUGGCCAGGAAUCCACUCCAAAAAACCAAGGAGGUUUAUAAAUUCCUUGGUCUUUCUUUGGAAAAAAGUGUGGUGGACUGGAUACAUAACAACACAAGAGGCAAUAACGACGAGUCAGCAAAGCAUAAGUACGGCACAUUGAGGAACUCGGCAGCCAAUGCAGAGAGCUGGAGGUUGAAAUUGUCUCAUGACAUAGUUGAUUACACACAAACUGUCUGUAAGCACAUUUUAGACGAGCUCGGCUACAAAGCUGUCAACUCCCCUGAGGAGCUGAAAAACAUGUCGCUCUCGCUCAUUGAGGACAAAGACUUCAUAUCUGUUUUCUAACAGAGGUAAUCAUGUGCUCGCACAACUAUUUUUCUAAAGUUAUAUUCUUGGCAUCAUGUAAAUGAAGCUUUGCACGUUUUUUAUACCUUGGUAAUCUCAUUGUAAACAAAUGCACAUAUUUUUAUUGGAACUCUAUGUUUCCCCUUGUAGUCCUUUUUGUACCAGCAUAUAUGAGAAUGUGUACCAGGGUUAUUUACUUUGUUAAAACGUCUCUUAUACCCUUAAAGUCCCCAUGAAAUCAAAAUGUAAGUUUUUUAGCUUUGAGUAUUAAUAUGUUAGUCUUAAGGUUAUGAAUAAGCUGGUGUGUUCCAAAACAAUGUCAAAAUUAGCAUUUAGGAGAUAUAAGCAUUCAAAUCGCACUUCACAUUGCACUUCAGCUUCUCGUCAACUGUUCUGUCCAAUCAAAUGCUCUCUAGAAUCCAAAGCGUCCCCUACACUAUAAAUAGACACUGAAGCUGCUGCUGAAAUCGGACAUGUUUACAGAAUUAGUAUUUUCUUUAUGGUGAAUGGCACGUAGUGCACUAUAUCCACUUGUUAAGUCUGACGUCACAUGUCAGGGGACAGGGAACGAUUCAGACAGUGUAAAUAUGCUUUCCAUUGAGGAAAAAGAAGUCUGGUUUCGCACUGUGUCACGCUAACCUCUGCACUGCACACACUCUCCUCCGGUCCAGAGGCACAAUAGCAAGGAGCGGAUCACAUGCACAUGUCAGUGCAGACCAGAAAACGUAUCGGACCUAUUUGAAUUCUACACAGAAUGCAAUAUUUUAUAGCUAUAUGGAUGUGAUUGUGGCUGUCAUACUCUGUCAAAUGUGGUUUUAUGGAACUCAAUGGCUCUGAACUGUCGGGUCAAGCUGUGGUAUAAAUGAACGCUAUUGGAUAUUUAAAAAGGUGUGGGGCUGCCUGAUAUGUCCUGCCCUGUCUUCCUGUUUCAGUUAAAAUGACGUCAACACAUAGAAUAAUGCUGCGUGUUUCAAAGCAUCGGGAUUGCCUUGGGAUUUUGUCCAAAGACAAAUGUUUGACUCAAUUAAUUAAUCAAUCAUUUAUGUGUACAAGAUUUUUGCUUUUGAUUAAUCCUGAAUUAAUAAAAAGAC